CCGGGCCGAAGGGCGACGCGCGGCGACGUGCGGCGGCCGGGGCGGGGGCCGGGCCGCGCGCGCGCCGGUGAAUGAAGGGCCCGCCCCGCGCUGCCCCGCAAGAUGGACGGGUUCGCCGGCAGCCUGGAUGACAGUGUCUCUGCGGCAAGCACCUCUGAUGUGCAGGAUCGCCUGUCAGCUCUUGAGUUACGAGUUCAGCAACAAGAAGAUGAAAUCACUGUGCUGAAGUCAGCUCUGGCCGAUGUUCUGAGACGUCUUGCGAUCACGGAAGACCAUGUCACCUCAAUGAGGAAGUCAGUGCCAAGCAAAGGUCCGCCAGGCCUUCGAGAAGCUAUUUCCAUGUCCUGUAUAACCAACGGAAGUAGUGGAGCAAACAGAAAACCAAGUCAUACGAGCUCUGUCUCUGUUGCAAAAAAAGAAACGCUCUCAUCUGCUGCUAAAAGUGGUACAGACAAAAAGAAAGAAAAACCACAUGGACAGAGAGAAAAAAAAGAGGAAUCUCAUUGUAAUGAUUCAAGUCCACAAACUCGAGCGCCACCUUCUCCCCAGCCCUCUUCACAGCCUCACCAAACACACAGGCAGACUCAAGAGAGCAAGAAUUCUACUCCCACCAAAAGCAUUAAACGACCAGCAACGACUGAAAAGUUACAUAAUUCAUGGGAAAAUUCAGAUGAGAGUCGUAAUAAAUUAUUGAAGGCUGUUCCAACAUCAAAAUUAAUAUCUAAAAUUAUAAAAAACACAGACAAGCACAAAGAUGUCAUCGUCAACCAAGAGGGAGAGUAUGUUAAAAUGUUUAUGCGAGGUCGGCCCAUCACAAUGUUCAUCCCGUCGGACGUGGACAGCUACGACGACAUCCGGACCGAGCUGCCUCCUGAGAAGCUUAAGCUGGAAUGGGCAUACGGCUAUCGAGGCAAAGACUGUCGCGCUAACGUCUACCUUCUCCCCACCGGGGAGAUGGUGUACUUCAUAGCGUCAGUGGUGGUUCUCUUUGACUACGAGGAGAGGACGCAGCGCCACUAUCUGGGCCACACGGACUGUGUGAAAUGCCUUGCUAUCCAUCCUGACAAAAUUAGGAUUGCCACAGGACAGAUAGCUGGAGUGGAUAAAGAUGGAAGGCCUUUGCAACCCCACGUCAGAGUGUGGGAUUCAUUUAGUCUGUCCACACUGCAGAUCAUUGGACUUGGAACUUUUGAGCGUGGAGUAGGCUGCCUGGACUUUUCGAAAGCAGAUUCGGGCACUCAUCUGUGUGUCAUUGAUGACUCCAACGAACACAUGCUCACUGUAUGGGACUGGCAGAGAAAAUCCAAAGCAGCAGAAAUAAAGACAACAAAUGAAGUUGUUCUGGCUGUGGAAUUCCACCCAACAGAUGCAAACACCAUAAUAACCUGUGGUAAAUCCCAUAUAUUUUUCUGGACCUGGAGUGGCAAUUCUCUAACAAGAAAACAGGGAAUUUUUGGGAAAUACGAGAAGCCCAAGUUUGUGCAGUGCUUGGCGUUCCUGGGGAACGGAGACGUGCUCACCGGGGACUCGGGCGGCGUCAUCCUCAUAUGGAGCAGGACGGCCGCCGAGCCCGCGGCCGGGAAGGGGCCCAAAGGCGUCUACCAGAUCAGUAAGCAGAUCCGAGCCCACGACGGCAGCGUGUUCACGCUCUGCCAGAUGCGGACUGGGGCGCUGCUGACCGGAGGGGGGAAGGACCGGAAGAUCAUCCUGUGGGAUCACAGUCUGAGCCCCGAAAGGGAGAUCGAGGUCCCUGAACAGUACGGAACCAUCCGAGCUGUGGCCGAGGGAAGGGCAGACCAGUUUCUAGUGGGCACGUCGCGGAACUUCAUCUUGCUGGGCACUUUCAAUGACGGCUUCCAGAUAGAAGUGCAGGGCCACACAGAUGAACUUUGGGGUCUUGCCACACACCCGUUCAAAGAUUUGUUUCUGACAUGUGCUCAGGACAGACAGGUGUGCAUGUGGAACUCGGUGGAGCACAGGCUGGAGUGGACUCGGCUUGUGGAUGAACCAGGACAUUGUGCAGAUUUUCACCCCAGUGGCUCAGUGGUGGCCAUAGGAACACACUCGGGCAGGUGGUUCGUUCUGGAUGCGGACACGAGAGACCUGGUGUCCAUCCACACGGACGGGAACGAGCAGCUGUCUGUGGUGCGCUACUCCGCGGAUGGCGCCCUCCUGGCCGUGGGGUCACACGACAACUUCAUUUACCUCUAUGCAGUCUCGGAAAACGGAAGAAAGUACAGCAGAUACGGGAAGUGCUCUGGCCAUUCCAGCUACAUCACACACCUGGACUGGUCCCCAGACAACCAGUUCAUCAUGUCCAACUCGGGAGACUACGAGAUCCUGUACUGGGACAUCACACACGGCUGCAAGCUCAUGAGGAACCGCUCUGACUGCAAGGACAUUGACUGGACCACGUACACCUGCGUGCUGGGCUUCCAGGUCUUUGGGGUCUGGCCAGAAGGGUCGGAUGGGACCGACAUCAACGCGCUGGUGCGCUCCCACAACAGGAAGGUCAUCGCCGUGGCCGACGACUUCUGCAAGGUCCACCUGUUCCAGUACCCCUGCUCCAAGGCCAAGGCGCCCAGCCACAAGUACAGCGCCCACAGCAGUCACGUGACCAACGUCAGCUUCACCCACGACGACAGCCACCUCAUCUCCACCGGCGGGAAGGACAUGAGCAUCAUCCAGUGGCGGCUGGUGGAGAAGAUGUCCCUGCCGCCCGGCGAGCCCGUCCCCGCCGACCCUCCCCCCGCCAGAGCCCCCGAGAGCCAGAGCCCCCCGCUGCCCGCCGCGCCCCUGAGCGAGGCCACCGAGGAGCCCCGCAGCUCCCCUGCCCCCCUGGAGAACAGCCUGGAGCUGCCCGCGGGGCCUGGCGAGGCCCCCAGUGAGGGGCAGAGCGAAGAGGGGAGCGAGGACCUGGUGGAGGAAGCCGGGUGCGAGGAGGCGCCGGGGGCAGCCACCGCCAGCCCAGACCCCGGGGAGCCGCGUCCGCUGCCCUGACCGCGCCGAGGCCAGGGACAGUUCGGAGAGCCAGGCCCAGGGGCUGGGCCGAGAAGACGGCCCCGACCCGCUCUCCGAAGUGACCACUGCGGGUGGUGUGAAGACUGGAACGGGCGCAGCUGCGUGACGUGAGGUGCCU